AGGAUGAGCGCCAUGUCUGAUCCUCCGUUUGUGGAAUAGAGCGGACGGCGCAGCAAAUAUUCCCCGGGCCGGCGGUCCCUUCGGGUUUCGGUGCGAAUCAUGGCCGACAGCGCUGGGAUUCAGCAAGGUUCGCCAGCCAUCGGAGCCGCGGGCCUGGUUCCGGCCGCUCCUGGAGCCGGAGGCACGGAGGGCUCAGGCGCCGCUGGAGGAUCCGCACGUAUCGCCGUGAAGAAGGCACAACUACGCUCCUCGCCUCGGCCAAAAAAACUGGAAAAACUCGGAGUGUAUUCAUCCUGCAAAGCUGAAGGAGCCUGUAAGUGCAAUGGCUGGAAAAGUCAGAACCCCCCUCCUACACCUCCUCAAACGGAGCAGCAGUCCAACGCCGUCAACCUCCAGGAGCCCUGUCGGAGCUGCUCUCACACUUUGGGUGAUCAUGUGACCCAUCUAGAAAAUGUUUCAGAGGAGGAAAUGAACAGACUUCUUGGUAUUGUUCUGGAUGUUGAGUAUCUGUACACGUGCAUUCACAAAGAGGAGGAUGCUGACACUAAACAAGUCUACUUUUCCCUCUUCAAACUGCUGAGGAAAUCCAUCCUACAGAUGGGUAAACCGAUGUUAGAAGCACAGGAGAGUCCGCCGUUUGAGAAGCCCAGCAUCGAACAGGGGGUGAACAAUUUUGUCCAAUACAAAUUCAGCCACCUUCCAUCUAAGGAACGCCAAACCAUAAUGGAGCUGGCUAAGAUGUUUCUCAACCAGAUCAACUACUGGCAGCUGGAAACGCCCUCUCAAAGACGCCAAAGGGUGCCCAACGAUGAUGCGGCUGGAUACAAAGUCAACUACACCAGAUGGCUCUGCUACUGCAAUGUGCCUCAGUUCUGUGACAGCCUCCCCCGCUACGAGACCACUCAGAUCUUCGGGCGCACGCUUUUGCGCUCUGUCUUCACCGUGAUGAGGAAACAGCUGCUGGAGCAGGCCAGACAGGAGAAGGACAAGCUUCCUCCUGAGAAACGCACACUCAUUCUUACACACUUUCCCAAGUUCUUGUCCAUGCUGGAGGAGGAGGUUUACAGUCACAGCUCUCCGAUCUGGAGCCAAGACUUCUUGGCAGGAGCGGCAGGAGGGCAGAUUCCUAUCCACCCAGUUAUCAGUGCUCCUUCAGUGGCCAGGCCACUGUACUACAGCACCAGUCCUGUGUCAGUGGACCCAUCCACCUGUGGGAGUGUCAGUCCUGCCAGGAAGGCAGUUUCUGUACUGGAGCCAAACCCAGUUGGAGAAAAGCGUAAACCCUCUGAGCCUCUUUCCCAUGAGGAAAACAAGAGACCCAGGGUGGUUGGCGACAUCCCCAUGGACCUCAUCAACGAAGUCAUGGCCACUAUCACUGAUCCUGCCGCCAUUCCAGAGACCAGCCUGUUAUCAGCUCACUCUGCACGUGACGAAGCCGCGCGCCUGGAGGAGCGCAGGGGGGUGAUUGAAUUCCACGUCAUUGGGAAUUCCCUAAACCAGAAGCCCAAUAAGAGGAUCUUGAUGUGGCUCGUUGGCCUUCAGAAUGUGUUCUCCCAUCAGCUUCCCCGCAUGCCCAAGGAGUACAUCACACGGCUGGUGUUUGAUCCGAAGCACAAGACACUUUCACUGAUCAAGGACGGGAGAGUGAUUGGAGGGAUCUGCUUCCGGAUGUUUCCAUCGCAAGGCUUCACAGAGAUUGUCUUUUGUGCCGUCACCUCCAACGAACAGGUCAAGGGUUAUGGAACACAUUUGAUGAACCACCUGAAAGAAUAUCACAUAAAGCAUGAAAUCCUCAAUUUUCUCACUUAUGCUGAUGAAUAUGCCAUUGGGUACUUCAAGAAACAGGGUUUCUCAAAAGACAUCAAGGUACCCAAGUCCAAGUAUGUGGGCUACAUCAAGGAUUAUGAGGGAGCCACGCUCAUGGGCUGUGAACUCAACCCCAGCAUCCCCUACACAGAGUUCUCUGUCAUCAUCAAGAAGCAGAAAGAGAUAAUCAAGAAGCUGAUUGAGAGGAAACAGGCUCAGAUCAGAAAAGUCUAUCCAGGGCUGUCCUGUUUUAAGGAUGGAGUCCGGCAGAUUCCCAUUGAGAGCAUUCCUGGCAUACGUGAAACUGGCUGGAAGCCUGUGGGCAAAGGGAAGGAACUGAAGGACCCCGAUCAAUUGUAUAGCACCUUGAAAACCAUCCUCCAACAUGUGAAGAGUCACCAGAAUGCCUGGCCUUUCAUGGAGCCUGUGAAGAAAACAGAAGCACCUGGGUACUACCAAGUCAUACGCUUCCCCAUGGACCUCAAGACUAUGAGCGAGCGUCUAAAGAGCCGGUACUACACCACACGCAAGCUUUUUAUGGCUGACAUGCAGCGAAUCUUCACAAACUGUCGUGAAUACAACCCUCCAGAGAGCGAGUACUACAAGUGUGCCAACUUACUGGAGAAAUUCUUCUACACUAAGAUCAAAGAGGCAGGCCUAAUCGAAAAGUAGAUGAGAGGAAGACGUUUCUCUUUACCUUGACAAGGAUGAGUGAGUCCUGAGACAAAGGACGAACAUUUUAGGUAUUACAAAAGACAAGCAAAGGACAGGACUACUGAUUCUGGAACAGAUGGGUUUCAGAAACAUAUCCUAAUGUAAAAGGUGCAAACGGGUCUUGGAUGAACACUCUUGUAAUGUUUGAUGCAUGCUGGAACAGACCCUAAAUAAGUAGCUUAGACUACCCUGAAAGAUAGGUAAUGAGGGAAGGCCUCAUUUAAGAACUGCAAGACUGUUUCUAUUUUCAAACAAAAGCAGUGUUUUUUGUAUUUUACCAUGUGUCUCAGAGGCCCAUGGAAAGAAAGGACAGCAGUAGUAGAACAUAUUAAGCAGGGCAGUUAUUGUUUGUGUGCUGAAAGCACCAUAUAAUGACAGCUGAUCAGAGAUUAACCACCCAUCUUACUUAAUCUUUGUUUUCAUACUGCCUUUUCAGUGUCUGCCUCCUCCUCUCAGUUGACUCAGGUAGAGGUGUCAUGAGAAAUUGCCACGUGUGGUGGAUUAGUGUUACAUACGAGGAAGGGGACUGAGAGUCCACGUUUUCCUGUGUAUAACUAUUCUUGUGAGCACGUAUGACAUUAAUGAGGUCAAAGUUUGUCUGUGAAGAGUUCAUCCUGCCAAAAGAGGAAUACAUACUUUAAAUUUGUACAGAUUUUACUGAAUUUGAAGCACUUAUACCCCACUGUAUAGUUUAAAUGUGUAUAUAAAACAUAUAUUUUCUUUCCCAGAACUGAAAAAGGAAAAAAAAAAAAAGUCUUGUUUUCAUCAUGCCACAUAGGGCAGUUUUGAUUAUUGAAAUGCACUUUUAUUUUUCCAAGUAUUAGUUAACACGAACGAGAGUAUCUCCUUUCCUUCAGAAUUUGUUUUGCAUAUAAAUUACACUGUUGACUAAGGACUAAUUUAAUUAUCUAGAGUAUAUUCUUAUUUAUGUGCUGUAAUUUAGAAGAAUUAUACUUAAGACAAGGUCUUAAUUUAUUAUUUCUUAUUUUUGUCUGGCAGAUGGAGAUUGAUAACUUUAUACUUUGGAGAUAAAUGAAAAGAUUGUGCAAUACUAUGUA